GUAGUGGCAAGAGACUAGGCUUUGAAAUCAGAAGAACUGGAUAUGAAUCCCUAUUUUCCUCUUAUUCUGUGUGUGACUCUGGCUUUGUGUUAUUCUUGGAAAAUUUCGCACCACUUGUGAAUUCCUUGAACCUGGGCGUUGCAAACCCACUUCUGUUGGGCCCAUCUCCUUUGCACUUUGCUCAGAUUAAGACUCAGUUGGCGCUUCAGCAGCUGAAUGCCGUUGCCUCACAUGGUUCUACACCACCUUAUCCUUUAUUAAAUCAGGCUUUCUUGAAAAUAGCCAUGUCGAGACCCAGGUUUAAUCCUCGAGGCAACUUUAUACUUCAGAGGCCACGAGCUCCUAACCCUUCUGGAAUGAGGCUUCCAGGACCAUUUAUGAGACCUGGAUCUAUGGGACUUCCAAGAUUUUAUGCAGCAGGAAGAGCCCGGGGAAUUCCACACAGAUUUGCUGGCCAUGAAUCUUACCAGAAUAUGGGACCACAGAGAAUGAAUGUUCAAGUAACUCAACACCGAACUGAUCCAAGAUUGACCAAAGAAAAAUUGGAUUUUCAUGAAGCACAACAAAAGAAAGGGAAGCUUCAUGGUAGCCGGUGGGAUGAUGAGGCUCCUAUGUCUGCCACGGUAGAAGUGAAACAGAGUUCUGUAGCACAGGUUACAGGGGAGAGCCCGAAAGUGCAAAGUCGCUAUACAAAAGAGAGUGCCUCAAGUAUCUUGGCAAGUUUUGGAUUAUCUAAUGAAGACUUAGAAGAACUCAGUCGCUAUCCUGAUGAACAGUUAACUCCUGAAAAUAUGCCCUUAAUUUUGAGAGAUAUCAGAAUGAGAAAAAUGGGACGCCGAUUACCGAAUUUACCUUCUCAGAGCAGAAAUAAAGAAAUAAUCGGUGGUGAAGCUGUUUCGAGAAAUGUGAUUGACUAUGGGCAUGCAAGCAAAUAUGGUUACACAGAAGAUCCACUUGAAGUUUGCAUUUAUGACCCCGAAAUUCCAACUGAUGAGGUCAAGAAUGAAUUUCAGUCACAGCAGAGUGUUUCUGCAUCUGCUCCCUCUUCAAAUGUGAUAUGUAACUCCAUGUUUCCUGUUGAAGAUGUGUUCAGACAGAUUGAUUUCCCCAGUGAAUCUUCCAAUAAUCAGCCUUAUUUUCCAGUUGAGCGUGGAACGAAGAUGUCAGGCAUACACAUUUCAGGAGGACAGUCAGCCCUUGAACCUGUAAAAUCCACAAGUCAACCUGUUAGCCAAACAGUUAGCCAGACGACGAGUCAGUCUGGUACUUCAUCUGUGAGCCAGCAGUCUUUUUCUUCAGAGUUAAUUUCAACUGUAAGCCAACGAGAACGGAUCCCUCGUGAGCCAGUCAUCAAUUCUUCUAAUGUUGGAUCAGGAGGGAAUAAAAAAGACUACCGGUCAGAGGCUGACGCUCCCAUCCAGUCUCCUUUUGGGAUUGUGAAAGCAUCAUGGCUACCGAAAUUCUCAAGUGCCCAGAAGAUGAAGAGACUUCCAACUCCUUCUAUGAUGAAUGAUUAUUAUGCAGCGUCUCCAAGAAUAUUUCCACAUUUGUGUUCUCUGUGUAACAUAGAAUGUAGUCAUUUGAAGGAUUGGAUUCAGCAUCAAAAUACAUCAACUCAUAUUGAGAGCUGCCGACAAUUACAUCAACAGUAUCCUGAUUGGAAUCCUGAGAUUCUCCCAUCAAGAAGAAAUGAAGGCAGUAGGAAAGAGACUCAAACACCAAGAAGACGUUCUCAUUCACUCAGUCCCAGGCGUUCUAGGAGAUCAAGUUCAAGACACAGGGUCCGUCGAUCUCGAAGCCCACUGCAUUAUGCGUAUAGACCAAGAAGUCGAAGUCCAAGGCUUUGCCAUCGUUUUGUUGCGAGAUAUAGAUCCAGAUCCCCUAAUCCACCAUAUCGAAUUAAACCUGCAUUUAGCCCAGAAAUCUAUCGAUCUUUUCGUUCUGAAAGGGCAUCAAGAAGAUUAGUGAGAUCAUCAGGUGAUGCUUACUUGGAAAUGGAAUUUAAAGAGUCGGUCACUACAGUCUUGAAAUCAGUUGAAAAAUCACCUCUUAUGAUAAAAGCAAAACGUGUGAAAAUACGUGUUCCAGGAAAGAAAAAGCCACAGAACAAAGAUGUGAAGAAAAAGACUUCUGAUUCAAAGAAAACAUCUGCAUCUACUUUAAAAAAAGAUGCAGAUACUUCAAAAGUUAUUGAAACUGUUAAUUCAUCUUCCACUGGUAAGUUAGGGCAGAUUACUUCAGCUAUGGUGUCAAAGGGAUCAGGGAAAUUGUCAAGUUCUGUAAAGUCUGUGGUAGCAGUAUCUGCUAAAGGUAAUAAAGCUUCGAUCAAAGCAGCAAAAUCUAGUGGAAAGAAGUCUCUAGAAGUAAAAAAGGCUACCAGUGUCAAAAGCAAAGAAUCCAGCAAGCCUACACCAGCAGCUGCUUCGGGGGCUACAGAAAACCAAGAACCAGUUAGUAAGGAAACAGAGGAAAUGUGUGUGGUCCUUGUGUCUAAUUUGCCUCUGAAAGGAUAUUCUAUAGAAGACAUUUACAACCUAGCAAAACCAUUUGGUGGUUUGAAUGAUAUUUUGCUUUUAUCAUCUCAUAAAAAGGCCUAUAUAGAAGUAAGUAGAAAAUCUGGAGAUUCUAUGGUCAAGUUUUAUACCUGCUUCCCGAUAUCGCUGGAUGGGACUCAACUCUCAAUAAGUAUGGUUACUGAAAACAUAAAUAUAAAAGAUGAGGAAGCUAUAUUUACAACUGUAAUUAAAGAAAAUGACCCAGAGGCAAAUAUAGAAAAAAGUUACGAUCGAUUUGUACAUCUUGAUAACUUACCAGAGGAUGGACUUCAAUGUGUACUUUGUAUUGGCCUUCAGUUUGGAAAAGUGGAUCACCACAUAUUCAUGAGUAAUAAAAACAAGGCAAUUCUUCAGUUAGAUAGUCCUGAGUCUGCUCAAUCAAUGUACAACUUCCUGAAACAAAAUCCACAGAACAUAGGCGAUUAUGUGUUGACCUGCACGUUAUCUCCAAAGAUAAACUCAACUGAGGCUCAAGGUGGGAAAGACUCGGAACAAGGAAAAGAAAGCCCUGACUUGAAAAACAGUCCAGUUGAUGAGAGUGGGGUGCAAACAGAAGCUGAUAGUCCCUCUGUUAAACCUAGUGAGGUUGAAGAAGAAUCAACCCGCAACUUUGAAACAGAACCUUCUGUUCAAGAGGAAGAACCUUGUGAGGAGAAACUUGGAAAGGCCCUGUGCGAGUCUGACUUUAUUGAAACCAUGGAAGUUGAGUCUCCCGGAGAGGAAAUCAAAGUGGAAAUUCCCCUGGUAGUAGCCACUCCAGGCAGUAUUGAAUUAUCUCCUGAGAAUGGAGAAGAGACUGAUUUAAAUCAGCAGGUGUAUGCCACUGAUUUUGAGAAUGAAGAGGCAGAUAUUGAUAACCCUGAAACAGAACUAUCAUCAUCUGACAGUGCGUUUAUCGAAGAAAGAAACAUCAAAGGAAUUCUAGAAGAAUCUCCAUCUGAAGGAGAAGACUUCUUUUCUAGAAUUCCAGAGUGUGUGGUAGAAGCUGUAGCUGAGGUGGACCAACAUGCAUCUGUUUCUGAAACUGUGCCACCUGCUUGUGCUGUGUCCUUGGUACCUGACAUUUCUACUGGGGAUGAGAAUGCAAUGAGCAACAGGGGAGUUUCUGGGGAAAGUAUUGGUGAAAAGGAGGAGAAUGACUUCAAUACUAAAGAAACUACAGUGGUAGAGACAGGGAAGAAAGAAAAGAAUGACCCUAGGGUGAUUGCAGACAAGGUGGACAAGAUUGCGUCCAUAAUAAAACAAAAGCCUGCAGAGAACAUUGUUACCAAGGCAAACCCACAUAGAGGAGGGAGUCAACCCAGGAAGCCUGAUGAAGCUAGUACUGCACCAAAUGUGUCUAGCAGUAAGUCACCCGGCAAGGCCACUAUUAUCUCUUCAAAGGCAAAAGUUACAGUUUCAAAAUCUGAAAAUCAGAAAAGUUUGCUAAGAUCUGUCUUCAGAGAUCAAGUAAAUGCUGAAAAGAAACUUGCAGCCAAGGAGUCUGAUUUACUUAAACCUACAAGUGCUGGGUCAUACUUGGCAGAAAGCAGCAGCAGUAAAUCCAAACUCACACCAAGUGGUGUUACCAGAGGUGGAAGUGGAAGGAUAUCAGCCCUGCAAGGCAAGGAUUCUAAACUGGAUCACAGGGAGCUAACAAAACCAUCUCAGGAAACAGAGGCUAGAACCUCCUUCAUGAAACGGGAUGACAGCAACACCAAGACUGUGGUUGGGCAAAACAGUAAGAAUUCUAAAAGUACCACUGGUAGAAGUUCCAAAUCUAAAGAGGAACCAUUUCCAUUUAAUUUGGAUGAAUUUGUAACUGUGGAUGAGGUUGUAGAAGAAGUGAAUCUUUCUCAAGCCAAGGAGAAUCCACCAAAAGGAAAAAGGAAAGAUGCUCUCAAAAAUAACCCUCCCUCUGAGCCGAACUUGAAAAAGAAGAAGGGUGAAAAUUCUGCCCCUCAUGUUGUUGAGGGAGAGUUGUCUUUUGUAACAUUGGAUGAGAUUGGGGAGGAGGAAGAUGCAGCUGCACAUCUAGCACAGGCUCUGGUGACUGUUGAUGAAGUCAUUGAUGAAGAAGAACUAAAUUUGGACGAAAUGGUGAAAGACUCUAAUACUCUUCUUACAUUAGAUGAGUUAAUUGAUCAAGAUGAUUGUAUUUCCCACAGUGAACCUAAAGAUGUUACUGUCCUAUCCAUGGCUGAAGAACAAGAUCUUCUCAAACAGGAACGCUUAGUAACUGUGGAUGAAAUCGGAGAAGUAGAAGAAAUGCCAUUAAAUGAGUCAGCAGAUAUAAAUUUUGACCCUUUAACUACUAAAGGAGGUGAAGGAAAUACUGCAAGGGAUUCUCUUGGCUUCAUUUCUUCCCAGAUGCCUGAGGACCCUUCUACUUUAGUUACUGUAGAUGAAAUUCAAGAUGAAAAUAAUGAUCUGCAUUUAGUGACUUUGGAUGAAGUAACUGAAGAAGAUGAAGACGCUCUGGCAGAUUUUAAUAACCUUAAAGAAGAACUUAAUUUUGUUACAGUUGAUGAAGUUGGAGAGGAAGAAGAUAGAGAAAAUGAUUUAAAAGUUGUGCUAGCACAAAGCCAAAACAAUCAUCCCACAGGUGAAAAGGGGGAUAGAGAAAAGGGAGCCGUGGACACACAGAAAACAAACCUCCUCUUGUCUGAAGUAGGGCAAGUAGAUGAGAAUGUUAAGGAAGAAGAUCUGAAAGCCAUGAUUGAAAGCCAUUUUGCUGCUAAAAUGCCAACCAAGAGAGUUAGAAUUGGGAAGUCACCACCAUCAGAAAAGGCUGAUGACGCAGAGCCAGCCCAAGGUGCCGAGGCCCUCCAGAUCAGUGAAGUUGAUGAAGACUCGGAAUUAGAUGACUCUGAACCAGAGCAUAAACGCCAGAAGAUUGAGGACCCUUCUUUAAGCCCGUCAGAGGAACCUGAAGUCCCGACAGAUUUGGACUUUCUUGUGCCCAAGGCUGGAUUCUUCUGUCCAAUUUGUUCCCUGUUCUAUGCAGGUGAAAAGGCGAUGAUAAAUCACUGCAAGAGUACACGUCAUAAGCAAAAUACAGAGAAGUUCAUGGCCAAGCAAAAAAAGGAAAAGGACCAGAAUGAGGCUGAAGAAAGAAGCUCUAGGUGAUUAGGGGGAGAAGAAAAAAAUUCAUUAGAAUUCAUUGAGGGUCCAGUUGAUUUGUGUAUUUUGUUAUCACUUAAUUUGUAACUUUUGUUUCAGAGGCAAAUAUUCAUGUUGUACAAAUUUCUGAUUGCCCUUGAUAUAGAGAGACUAAUGAGGGAAAGUAUGAUGGGUUUGAGUUUUGUAUCAGAUCAUCAGGCAUGGAUAAAUACCUUUUAGACGUGUUAAAAUAAAUGUUCCUACUGUAUAUUUAAA